CCACGCCCACGUUCAUGGUCGCGCCGGCGCCUCCGUCGUCGCUGCGCGCCCCGGUGCGAGCGGCCACCUCGAUGGGUAGCCUCGACAGGCGCGCCGUCGGCGUCGGCGCCGCCGCCGCCGUCGCGCUCGGCACCGCAGACAGCGCCAGCGCCGCCGAGGGAGGCUAUCCCAAAAUGACGAUCAAGACCACCCAAGGCGAGAUGGAGUUCGAGAUGUGGGACGACGUCGCGCCGAAGCAUGUCAAGUCUUUUCUCACCCUCGCGAAGCAGGGCUUCUUUGACGGCGGCGCAUUUCACAGGAUCAUUCCUGGAUUCGUCAUUCAGGGCGGCGACCCCAACGCCAAGGUCGGGUACGGCCCGUCCGGCACGCUCGACGGCGCGGACAAGGCCAAGGUGCGGAAGUGGGGGACCGGAGGCCCGGGCUACAACGUGCCGGCUGAGUUUAACGAGCGGAUCCACGAGUUUGGUGUGCUGUCGAUGGCGCGGUCCAACGACCCGGACUCGGCGGGCUCGCAGUUCUUCGUCUGCCUCGGGAACCUGCCCUCGCUCGACCGCAAGUACACAACCUUUGGCAAGCUGACCAAGGGCGACGACGUGCUGCGCAAGAUUGCCGCCGCGAAGACGGUGACGGGCGACAUUCCGUUCGAGAGGCAGGGGAUCGAGAGGGUGGACCCGCUGUAGACGGCGAUGGAGCUCCCUCUAGUGUUUCACUCGACACCUCACCCUGUCGUGCGCCGCCGCCAUCAUGGCACAUCACGAGCCGCAUAUGCGUUA